CGGGUCCUCUUUACUUGGUCAUGACUAUGGCAACGGUUUUAAUCGGUUAGCAAACUAUUUCCUAGACCGUGACAACUAAACAAUACACCUAAAACAAUGACAAGACCUUCAGUGAAUACAUGACAGCCGCUUCAUUAGUAUCUUUGAGUCAGACAAUUUGGUUCAUGGCCAAGCUUCAUAUAUCAAGCAUAUUGUAGACAAUAUCUCAGUUAUGAGCGUACUUUUAAAGUGUAGUGUGGCUCGCUAAUGAGCUAACAAUGUUUAUUUAGCAUUUGUUUAUUGUGUUGGAGUCCUGGGACUGUGUAAACACCAGUCUUCUACAUUCCAACGUCAGUGAUUCACUAAGUACAUGUUUAAGGAGUUUUUAAACACAUUUUACACCCUUUAAAAACAAUCAGUUUCUGGUGUGAAUGUAAAAAGAGCCGUUGUAGUUGGGAAGUGAUUGUGGUCUCGGGAGUGGGAAGUAGACCGACGUUUACAGUUUUCUAGGAUGAGUUUGGACGCUGUUAGCGAUAUCUAUGUCGAGGGAGUCAUAAAGCAAACGACACCAGUCAAGCGCUAUGUUUUCUCCAUACAGGUAGAGUGGAAAAAUGGAGUAGCUAUUCAAGUCUAUCGUAGCUACAAAACUAUCUAUGGCUUGCAGUUAAAACUGCUGAAAUUAGAAGAGUUUCUGACCUACUUGAAGAAUGAAUACGCAGAGAACAGGACGGGAUAUUUACUACCAGAUAAAACACUCUUUGGAAAACUUGGAGUCAAGACACAAAAGAAAGCGUUAACUAAAAUGAGGGAAGUGGACGAAUUUCUCAAGUCGCUAAUCCAUCUUCCAAGAUCUAUUUCACAAUGCGAUGCGGUCCUCGAGUUCUUCCGUCCUCUGCCGGAAGAUAUGACGUUCCAUUUCGCCAAGACUAAUGAUCUUCGUGAUUACAGUGCAGGAGAAACAAGAGGAACGCGUCGAAUGGGAUAUGCUUUAAACAUUUCCGAGCCUAUCUUACUGGAACAGUAUGUGGCGAUAUGUGAUUACACAAAGACACAAAAGAAUGGUUUAAGCCUAAAGGCAGGGAACAUUGUUGAGGUCAUUACUAUGGGUGAACACGGGUGGUGGUUUGUUGACCUUGACGGUGACCUUGGUUGGGUACCAGCCUCUUUCUUAACACCAAGAGACGGUGAAGACGAGGAUCACCAAGUCGUACAAGUCUUUGCUGAAGGCGAAGAGGAAAUGUGCUUCGCUUUGGGAUCACACCAGCCUUCCAAUGAUGAUGAAGUGGCUUUAGAGGUCGGACAGAUACUUCAAGUCAAACAAAAAAAUGUCGAUGGGUGGUGGUUUGUCAGUAGUGAGAAGGGUACAGGUUGGGCUCCCUGUAUGCAUCUUCAUGUACUGGCCUCCACUACAGGUUAUACACGUCAAAUGGAGAGAGAGGCUGUUAUGAAUAACAUGAGAAAUGUCUUUGCAAUUACUGAUCGACGAACGACGUGGAAUCCUAAUAUGUCAAUCUCAACUGCUCGAAAAGGUACGAUUAAACGCCGACUGCAUCACGAUGUCAUACAGGAGGGACCUGAAGAUCAGCCAUCGUAUGUCAACAUCGAAUUCAACAAUAACAAGAAGCACGACUCUGAUUCCUCUGAUGAAGACUCUCCUUCUUAUGUUAACUUCGACUUUGAGAAGAAAAAGCCUGCGAAACGUCGCAGUGGUAAAAAGGACGUCCAGCAGGGUCCCUCUUACAUGAAUAUGGAGUAUCACAACAAAAAGGACAACGCGCGCAUGCGCCGACGCAGAGACGAAGAUGGAGACCUUGUAGAGCUGGAUUUUAGUAAGACAAAGACUUCAGAGAACGGCGCGACGUCGAAGGAAGAGACAAAUAAGGACAACGAAAUACAAAAGAAACAAGCUCAAAAUAUUGAGGAAUCAGCUCCUUCCGACACAGAUACAAUGCAGGGUAAGCUUAAAGACGAAAAUUCUGAAAGAAUUGAAGAAACAUCUGAAAAUGAUGGUUUGCUGAACAAAGAUGUCAAGAAUACUGAUGAUAAAGAGCAGUCCCACAUGGAUGACUACCAAGUGAUGACACAAAGAAGUGACUCUCCAGUGGGUGGAGAUAUUGACGUGUUUUUGUCCAUCGGGGACUACACUAAGGAUUCUGAUACAGAGGUAAACCUCCAAGAAGGCAAGUCAGUACAGGUCCUGGAGCAAACCGAUGGGGGUUGGUGGCUAGUUCGUACCCAGAGCCUCUCUAUUGGUUGGGCUCCAUCUAAUUUCCUUGAGAAAAUUACUCCAGAAGAGCUUAAGAGACGUAAAGCAUUAGGACUCGAGCCACCAGAACGACCGCCAUUACGUCCUCCCAAAUCAAGCAGAGUACAUAAAAAAGCUCUCGAGAUUUGUUACGAAAAGAAAUUCUGGAGUUUUGUGCGUAAAAAUGGAAAAGACUCAACCUGCUCCAUCGCUGAUGAUGAGGAUAAGAACUACUUCAACAAUAUCGAGGAAGAGCAAGCUACAAACGAGGAACAGGUUUAUGAGAGUAAAGAUAGAUGGGUAUGUGAUGAGAUUGGCACAUGCAAUAAAGAAACUAACACAAAACUGUAAACUAGUCCAACAGAAAAAGUUGAGUAUCCCGUGAUUCGAACAUCGUGAAAACUCCGUCUACACUGGAAUACAUGGUGAACUCCAAUUAGCUUAGACCAGAAACUUAGUUUGAAAUUCUGCGAUUCACAAACGGAUUUUUAAUUGACAUUGUACUUAUGUAUAAUUUUUAUUCCUAAAAUAAUUUUUUUGGACAGACUGCUAAGCCAGAAUUUGAUCAACCUGAUUCUUCUUUGAUGAUUUUCAUCCACUACAUCCCAUAUCAUUAUUCUCACUAAAAACUGGUAUUUCACUCCUUCAAGAUAAAAUAAUCGCUAGGUCGGGCGUGCAAAUUGUUUAUUAGACAAAAAAAAGAUUACAUUGAUAAAUUUUAGUGAUAACAUUAUUAGUUGCUUCAAAAGUACCACUCACUCCCCCCCCCCCGAAAAAAACCCCGACAAACAAAUUAAUGCUGGUUUUUAAAACACGUAUGUAAAUAUAUUAAAUAGUUCGUCUUGAAA